AUGGACAAAAGCAGGGGAUUAGAUCCGUUCUCCGAUGAAUAUGAGAUCGACCAAUGUAUUAAGGAGUUUGUUCAAACUGAAAAGCCCCGGAAUCCUACACCAUACGAUACCAAACAAUCUCAAACCCAUACACGCAUCAAUUCACUCGAAAAGUAUGAAUCAAUGUACCAGAAAAGUUUGCACAGUCCGGAAACAUUUUGGAAAGAUAUUGCUUUAGAAAUCAUUUCCUGGAAUACCACCUUCACCAACGUUUUUGAGGGUGACCUAAAGAACACUAACUAUUCCUGGUUUUUGGGGGGCAAAUUAAACGCUUGCUAUAAUUGUGUGGAUCGGUGGGCCAGCUCCAACCCGGACAAAAUUGCCAUUAUUUAUGAGCCAGAUGAAACUAAAAAGUGUCAAAAAAUUACAUACGGCCAGCUUCUAAUCAAAGUAUGCCAGUUUGCUAAUUUGCUCAAGUCUCUUGGAAUCACUAAGGGUGAUGUUGUAUGUAUAUACAUGCCAAACUCAAUAGAGUUAUGUUAUGCCAUGCUUGCAUGCGCAAGAAUAGGUGCGAUACACAAUGUCAUUUUUGCGGGAUUUUCAUCUUCAAGUUUGGUGGAUAGGAUCGAAGAUUCCAUGAGCAAAAUAAUCAUCACCUGUAACGAAGCUAGUAGGGGGGGAAAGACCUUGAAAAUCAAACAAAUCGUAGACCAAGCCCUAGCCAACACCAAUUUGAUUGAAAAGGUCAUUGUUUUCAAACUUGAAGACAAACCAGUAAAUCUAGUUCCUAAUAGGGAUAUACUAUCCACUGAAAUGGAUAUAAUGGAUGAAACGUGUGAAAUAGAAUACGUGGAUAGCAACCACCUACUUUUCAUUUUGUACACAUCUGGUUCAACGGGUAAACCGAAAGGUGUGGCCCACUGCACUGGAGGAUAUUUGGUGUACGUUGGAUGCACCAUAAAGUAUGUAUUUGAUCUGUAUAAUAACGACGUUUUUGGUUGUGUUGCUGAUGGGGGGUGGAUCACUGGGCACUCCUACUCCAUAUACGGCCCAUUGCUGCAUGGAGCGACCACAUUGAUAUUCUCCUCCACACCUUUGUAUCCACACCCUGGUCGCUACUGGGAACUUGUGGAGAAGCACAAACUCACCCAAUUCUACACAGCACCCACAGCAAUUAGAUCACUUAUCAAACAUGGCAAAGAUUGCCCAGACAAAUUCAACUUGAAGUCUUUGCGUGUUAUUGGGAGCGUGGGUGAGACUAUUAAUCCGGAUGCCUGGAAGUGGUAUCAUGAUAAGGUUGGUCGUGGAGUCGCCACUGUUGUUGACACCUACUGGCAAACGGAAACAGGCGGAAUUACGAUGACUCCUAUAAUUGGCUGCACCCCAACAAAACCAGGCAGUGUAAUUACGCCGUUUUUCGGGAUUGAACCUGCAAUCGUCGAUGCACGUGGUAAUGAGUUAUUUGGUCCUAAUGUCAAGGGAAUUUUGUGCUUCAAGCGUCAUUGGCCAGGCUCACUUAAGACCGUGUAUUUGAAUCACGACAGAUUGGCCAGUACUUAUAUAUCCCCUGUUAAUGGGUUUUUUCAGACUGGGGACGCUGCCUAUAGGGACGAAGAUGGGCAUUAUUGGAUUUGCGGGAGAACUGACGAUAUUCUAAAUGUAUCGGGCCAUCGUAUGUCAUCUGUUGAAUUGGAAUGCGCAUUGGCUAAACAUCCAUUAGUGACUGAGGCAGCUGUUGUUGGUUGUCCCCAUGAGAUUAAGGGUCAGAGAAUUUGCUGUUUUGUGACUCUAGUGAAAUCCGACCAACACAAAAGAUUGGAAAAUGAAGUGAAGAAGGAGCUGAUACAAUCAAUGCGUACGACUAUUGGUCCCAUUGCCACUCCAGAUUACAUUGCCAUUGUGGAAAAUUUACCAAAAACUAGAAGUGGAAAGAUUGUAAGGAGGAUCCUACGCCAUUUGGCAAUAGGAAAUGACAACUUUGGGGAUAUUACUACACUAGCAAAUGUUGAAGCCAUUGACUCAAUCAAAUCUGUUAUGGAGUCGAUCAAAUCCAGUUCUAAUUCUUGUUAA